AUGGCACUUCAACGCACUCUCCUCUUUGUAAUUCUACUUCUCUUUAGCUUAGCAGUGGCAACUAGUACCAUAGGUAUCUCCCCAAGCCAACACGAUGUUACUUCCAUCAACCGGAGCACCUUUCCGGCAUGUUUUAUAUUCGGGACAGCUUCUUCGGCUUACCAGUACGAAGGUGCUGAAAAAGAAGAUGGCAGAGGACCAAGCAUAUGGGACACAUACACACACAUAUAUCCAGAUAAGAUAAAGGACGGCAGCACCGGAGACGUAGCUAUUGAUGCAUAUCACCGCUACAAGGAGGAUGUUGGCAUCAUGAAAGAUAUGGGUUUUGAUGCUUACAGAUUCUCCAUCUCGUGGUCUAGAUUAUUACCAAAUGGAACGCUAAGUGGGGGUGUGAAUAAGGAAGGAAUCACUUAUUAUAACAACCUCAUCAACGAGCUUCUAGCCAAUGGUCUAAAACCCUUUGUCACUCUCUUCCAUUGGGAUCUUCCCCAAGCUUUAGAAGAUGCAUACGGUGGCUUCUUAAGCCCUCAAAUUGUAAACCAUUUCCAAGAUUACGCAGAGCUUUGCUUCAAGGAAUUUGGUGAUAGAGUUAAGGACUGGAUCACAUUAAACGAGCCAUGGAGCUACUCCCGUGGUGGCUAUGUAAUUGGGACGUUUGCACCAUGCCGAUGUUCUGAUUGGCAAAACCUAAAUUGCACCGGUGGAAAUUCAGGAACAGAGCCAUAUCUGGCCUCACACUACCAGCUUCUAGCUCACGCAGCCGCCGUAAAAUCAUACAAAGAGAAGUAUCAGGCUGAUCAGAAGGGUGUGAUAGGGAUAACAAUAGUGUCUCACUGGUUCGUGCCCUUUUCUGAGGCCAAGCACCAUAAAGAAGCUGCUCAACGAGCAUUGGAUUUUAUGUUUGGAUGGUAUAUGGAUCCUUUAACAAACGGCAAAUAUCCACACAGCAUGAGAUCUCUUGUCGGAGAUCGAUUACCCAAGUUCACUAAAGAUCAAUCCGAGAUGUUAAAAGGCUCAUUUGAUUUUCUGGGAUUGAAUUACUACACUGCUAACUAUGCUGAAGAUGCACCUAAUCUCAAGAAUGCUGAAAAUUCUAGCUAUAUUACAGAUGCUCUCGCUACUCUUUCCACUGAGCGAAAUGGUAUUCCUAUUGGCCAACAGGCUGCUUCAGAUUGGCUCUAUGUUUAUCCAGAAGGAAUUCGAGAUCUUUUGCUUUACACCAAAGAGAAGUACAAUAAUCCACUUAUUUACAUCACUGAAAAUGGAAGGGAUGAGCAAAAUGAUCCCAAAUUGUCACUCGAGGAAGCCCUAGCCGAUACUCACCGAAUUGACUUUUACCGUAAACAUCUCUAUUAUCUUCUUGAAGCGAUGAAGGAUGGCGUUAAUGUGAAGGGAUACUUUGCAUGGUCUUUGUUUGACAACUUCGAAUGGAAUAUGGGUUACAGUGUUAGGUUUGGCAUCAACUAUGUGGAUUACAAUGAUGAGCUCAAAAGAUACCCUAAACUCUCGGCCCACUGGUUCAAGAGUUUUCUAAUUUCCGAAGACAUUUUGAAUCCGUCACACCAUGCCCAAUAA